AUGUCGACGGCAUCCAAGGAUAACCAGUUCAGCUUUACAUACAUGAUGCACGGUCUCCAUAGGAUGGUUUCCAAGGGAAACAGAGGGAUUAUGUGGAGUGCCUGUGGAAAAAAGGUGAUAAUCGCGGAUAGAAACAAGCUCAGACUAGCGCUCAAGAGGAUGCUAAGGAGCGGAGAUGCCAGGUUUAGCGUUAUAGGCUACAUGAAGAAAAGUGGCUUUAUUGACGAGGGCACGGAAGGCCGAGAAAUUACCUUCACUCACCCAUGCUUUGUAAGGGGCCGAACAGAUCUACUGAGGAACUUCACACUCAAAAACGCCUUCUGCUGGGCACAUGAUAUAUGCGUGGGAGACCGUGGAAAACCCGACUGUCCCUUAAGCCUUUUAAAACUAAGGCUGUUUGAUCUGGACAGGACAAUGCUCAACCUCCGUAACAGCUGCUUGGAUCUGAGCCUUGACAUCCAGAACCUCCUCCAUAUGGCCAGGAGCAGAGCGCAAGAGUAG